CCGCUGACGUUUGAAUCGCUGUCACUCCUCUGUGACGUCAGCAUGCACGGUUCGGGUCCUGAAGGACGUCACGCUGAGGCCAGCCGCUAACUGCCGUUAGCUGCGGCACGUUAACGUGACCUCUUAUCGCUACUCUGGUGCUGUCGGAUCAAGCGGUACCGGCCGUCCAGUGAAUGCCGGCGGGUCCAGCCGUUACGCCACGGGCGCAAGUGAUGGAGCGCGUGUCGUUGCGCGUCAGGUCUGCCCACGAGCUAACGUGACGUUAGCCUGGUGGCUAAUGCCUCGCUACGUUCUCGCACUGAACCGUGGAGAAUUUGACGCGACGCGCUGCUUCAAAAAGUUAAUGGCGAGCUGCGCACUAUUCCACCCGAUUCCUGUCGUCACCACGCAUUUACACACGGUGGUGACUCGUGCCCCACACGUCACUUCACGCGCUGUCCUCAGCCAGUGGAAAACAACUCAAACUCCCAUCAUCAUCCUCAUCAUCCUCAUCAGCUGGGACCUACUGGUCACCCGCACGUUUUCACGAUGCAAGAUCUCGCCGUAAACUGCGGGACUAAAACACAAACAUAUGUUAGUUAUCAAAGUAUAACAACUUAAUCAACGUUACCAAGCAGUGGCACAAAAACGGCGGUAGGAGAAUCCAUUAGUUUGAAUAACCUUGUCUUGUUGUCACCCCAUUACACAGCAGCACGGAGUUGAUCAUUCUGUAAAUAGGUGAUCCAUUGCUGUAAAUGCAUUACCGGCCCUUGCUUACUUAUGCCACCAGCAGUGCAGAUCACGGCCCUUUAAGCAAAAAAGGUAUCAUGCCGUAAUCCAUUCAGUACAAAAGCUCCGCGGUAGAGCGUCACACCACAACUGGUACGUUCCCACUGCGGUUGAGCGUUUGAUGAACAUGCAGUGUGGUUCUGAGCCCACGUUGUGCACCGCAGGGAAACUGAAUCGGAGCAAAUUUGACCUUGUGCCACCCUACAAGGGGACACAGCCACCAUGGGGAAUACGAGCAGUGAGAGGGCUGCCAUGGGCCACGGCGAGAAGGCUCAGCGGAGGGACAGCCGGGGUGCCAAGGAGGGAGGUGGGCCAAAAAUCAUCAUGGACAGCCCCGAGGAUGCCGAUAUUUUUCACGGCGAAGACAUGAAGGGUCCUUCACAGAAAGAGGAGUUCCUCGCCUGGCAGCACGACUUGGAAGUGGACGACAAAGGGCCAGCCGCAGACCGACAGACAGUCUUCCGCUGGACGGGAGACGGCAAGGAGGUCUACCUCUCUGGAUCCUUCAACAACUGGGCCAACAAGAUUCCUCUCAUACGAAGUCAGAACACCUUUGUGACCAUUGUUGAUCUGCCGGAGGGGGAGCAUCAGUACAAGUUCUACGUGGACGGACAGUGGACCCACGACCCGGCUGAGCCGGUUGUGACCAGUCAGCUCGGGACGGUCAACAACAUCAUCCAGGUGAGGAAGACGGACUUCGAGGUGUUUGACGCUCUGAUGGUGGACUCACAGAAAUGCUCUGACAUGUCAGACCUCUCCAGCUCUCCCCCUGGGCCGUAUCACCAGGACGCAUAUGUUCCUAAACAGGAAGAGAAGAUUAAGUCUCCACCCAUCCUCCCACCUCACCUGCUCCAGGUCAUCCUCAACAAAGACACUGGGAUUUCUUGUGACCCUGCACUGCUUCCAGAACCCAACCAUGUCAUGCUCAACCACCUCUACGCUCUUUCCAUUAAGGACGGCGUGAUGGUGCUCAGCGCGACACAUCGCUACAAGAAGAAGUACGUCACCACGUUGCUUUACAAGCCCAUCUGAGGGAGGACUUUUUGAUCCAGUCAGAGUGUGAAACGGCACACCGAGUGUACAAAAUAUCAUCUCCACCCGUUCCUUCCAUCACGUUGCGGCGGCGGCAGCCCUGGGUGACGGUCCUCGAUGAAGCUGAGGCUAUCGAUAGCUCGGGGAGACUAUAUUUUGUACACGCCUUGUAUAUCCAGUUAUUUCGCACAUCUGUGCAUGGGGGGAGAAUGUCGCUCAGUCGUUCCAGACAUAACCUGCCUUCACCAGUUAACCCAUCGCCCUCAGUAGGCGUCAACAACAGCGUCUUUGCUUCGUAGACAUAGAUAGGCAGUAAGGAUGGAGGUUGGACACUAUGACAUGUCUGCCUGUCAAUAGCAACCGUAAUGUAAUGAGCAGUAGGGCUGGGUCAUAUGGAGACAGUCAUACACUCAGUCGUUAGUGGGCACGCCACAAAUCUAAGACCAUAUCAAUAUACAGCCCGAGCCCUACUGGUAAUGCAGGGAGAUGCAUGAGGGGGCUGCAGUGUUUUAUGUAAACACGACUGUGCCACCCACAAUGCGGAGGUCAUAGGAGCGAUUGCACUGCAGUAGUUUUCUGCACUGUUUUUCAUUCACAUGUUUUUUAUUUACUCUUGACUAAGAAGCACACAUAUUAUCAUUGGUGAGAAUAGUCCGUAUUGUUUGUUGUUGUUUGACUUUGUGAGGAAGUUUCUGUAGUUAGUUGCAGUUUUGUGUUCAGGAUUUAGACACAAGCUGCUUGUUAGUUCGGAUUAUAACUAAGGGUAGACUGAUAACAUUAAUUUCCUUUUUUUGGAGGUAUACAUUUCGUUUAGAAAAGACUUUAGCAGCUUUGCACUAUGACACAAGUUUAUUUUUAAUGUAGAAUAUGCAUACAGUGUAUGUACACUUGCAGCACGAAGAUUAAGCCUGACUCUUGUGAACUGGUCUUCCCACUGAAUCACUUGAUUUCCCUUCCUUCAUGCGAUCGAAAGGCAUUCCAGUCCCUGCGGACUGCUGCCAGCUGAGUGCUCAGGGCAUCGUGGCUUUGUGCCCUGGAACAUCGCCACUCUUUAAUGGCAGCACCAGCUUCAGAAGCCACAGUGGGACAAAAAGACAUGAGAGCAAAUUGAAACUGAAUAAAGAUAUUUUGACUGAAAAUCAGGAUGGUAGGAGACAGUCAUGUGACCAACAGUGACCUGAAGGGACCAGAAUAGGAUCAUUUGACCUACUGGUACGCAUGUGAGAUUUAUUCACGUUUGUACUGUUGGGGUCCGUAUGUAUUUCAUGAAGUCUGAUGUGUUUUAAUUUAUGAAGCUAUUCCAUUACAAUUGACCCCAAUGCAUUUUGGUAUAAUUACAAUUAUCAAACGAGACCACAACGUUCAUUGUUUCUGUUGCACAGACCAGUAGAUGCUGACAAUCUCCUCAAUUUAUUGAUGAUAGACGUGCAAAUAUAUCACAGUAUCAAACAUGUUUUGACCCUUUAAACCACGCUGGUGUGAUAUUUUGUUUUCAGAUUUCCACAGCUUUUUGUAUUAAAGCUUAGUUUGUAAAUUCA